AUGGUUUGGACGACUCUUGAAUUCUCUGCGGAGGCAAAGCCCGUCGCGCAGCGGGCCAUUGUGGUUGGACAACCACACAUCGGCUAUCGAACGAGGCCAGAACGCGGCCAGAAGGCCAUCGGGCACCUCCGAUGGCCCACGAAGGUUCUGUUGCGAAAUGCGCUGGUCGGGGGACGAUCCUCGGGCUUCGCCUUAUCGCUGGGCCGUCCGUUCCGACACGCUUUUAUCACCUGCAUUUUACUAGAUCAAAACGCCUGA